AGGGACCUGUUUGGGCACUUGAAUGCUACUUUCAGAACAACUGGAAAAUCUCUAAGAUAUGUGUUAUUCUGUUCCUCACCUCCUCUGACUGCGUGGGGCCGUUGUCAUGACAACGUCCCCUUGUCCAUCACAUGGAAGCGAGAGGGAUAACUGGGACCAACAUCUGUCUUCUCCAGCAGGUGCCGUUUUUUCGCAUGGAGGUCCAUGGGGGGUCCAUUAUUAUUGUUGUUGUUGUUGUUGUUGUUUUUUUAAUGUAUGGCAUAUUUUCUACGUGUGGCUCUUUUGAUCGAAUAUAAGUUUCGUAAUUAUUAGGUUGUUAUGUUACUGAUAUAAGUAUGAUAUAUUGGAGUUGGUCGUCACUAGUUCGCACAGCCACAAAGUCAUUAACCCCACCAAUUUCUACAAUUUAUCUUCAUAAAAUGUGAUGUGAAACCUUAACCACAGUGUUAAACUUAUCCCUAACCUUAAAUGAAAACCACAAAGCGAAUUUUAGUUUUCAUGAAUUCCUACGAUGUAGACUGUCGUCUUUGUGGCUGUGGUAACUAGUGGAAACAGUUGUGCCUGUUGUUCAGUGAUAUCUGCCCUCUGAUUGGCUAGAAUGGGUUCCACCUGAUUUUUGCUCCUCCCAAAUGGCUUCUAUUUUCGAAGACGUUUAUUUUGGUUGUUAGAACGGUCACUACAUUAUCUGGAUAAUGUCAUGGAUAAUGUGUCCGUCAUAAUAAAUGGACCCGGAAGAAGAACCUCAACACCACCACAAACCAGUGGCCAUGUGCAGGAAGGCAGCGCUGCGUUAUGGUGCGGACGUGAAACACUGAAGGCGCCGACGUUGGACAGGACAAAUCUUGCUGUUCCCCAAUGCUGACAUCACCAGUAUCUCUGAACAAACUUCAAUUCGAUCUGUGAAGGUCUACCUACACCCCUCUACACACCACACAACCAACCAGCUCUAACCAAAUCGGCACCUCUGAAACCCAAGAUGGCUACUAGAUUUAAUGCCCUGAUGGCUACGGUGGUCACCCUGUUGGGGGUGACCUUGGGAGGCCUGUUACUAUGGCGACAGCCAACCCUGAGGACAAAGAAGAAGCGUCUAGCUCCGGGUCAGAUAGGCGUCAGCACUGGUCCCGUAUCAGUGGAACAGCUGGGUCCUGUGAAAGCAGAGCCUGUGGUUGUGGAGCCAGUCGAGUCCCAGCUAACCCCUGGUCAGAGCCUGGACCUCCUCCUGCCUGUUUCACUGCCCCCUGCUGACCAGCUCUGGGCAGUGCAGUCUGUGAUGGUGAGCUCUGAGGAGGAUUGGGAGCAGCUGUGGCCGUCGCUGCAAAAGGAGCUAUCAGUCUACCCCGUCCUCGGGCUGGACUGCGAAUGGGUGUCAGUGAAUGGUAAGUCGUCAGCUGUCUCCCUCCUCCAGAUGACUUCCUACUCUGGCCUGUGUGUGGUGGUGAGGCUACAGCUGCUCCGAGGAAGCCAGCAGGACUUUCCCCUGAGCUUGAAGGAGGUCCUCCGGGACCCCCAUGUCCUGAAGGUGGGCGUGGGCUGUUAUGAGGACGGGAAACGUCUGACCCGAGACUACGGUCUGUCUCUGGGGAGUACCGUGGACCUGAGAUAUCUCGCACUACGACAAAGGAAGGUAGUGCUGAACAAUGGUUUGAGCCUCAAGUCUCUGGCUGCUGACCUGCUCAAUGUGUCUCUGGAUAAAUCCUUGGCUCUACGAUGCAGUAACUGGGAGGCUGACCAGCUGACCCCAGAACAGAUAACUUACGCAGCCCGAGACGCCCAGGUAUCCAUCGCCCUGUUCAUCCACCUGCUGGGCCUCAACUCAGACACCACGCCCUCACCUGACAGUGGGAGUGGCUAUACCCAGCUGGCCAAUCGCUGCCAGGGCCUGGUAGACACACCCUUCAGGGAGAGGGGUGGAGGAGAGGGAGAGGACGGUAAGAGGAAGAGUAAGAAGCGGCAGCAGCCUACUUUGGAAAGCCCUGGGGACCAGCAAGUACCAGACCCCAGAAGGAACAACAAGAGAAAACCGCUCGGCGUGGGCUACGCUGCUAGGAAGUCUCCUCUUUAUGACAACUGCUUCCUCUAUGCCCCGGAUGGACAACCCCUCUGUACCUGCGACAAGAAGAAGGCCCAGUGGUACCUGGAUAAAGGAUUAGGAGUGGUGCAGAGUGAGGAGCCCUUCAUCGUGCGUCUGCUGUUUGAGCCUUCUGGACGUCCAGACUCCCAGCAAGACUACUACCUGACUGCCAAGGAGAACCUGUGUGUGGUGUGUGGCAAGAACAACUCUUAUAUCAGGAAGAACAUCGUUCCUCAAGAAUACAAACGUCACUUCCCCUCGGAGAUGAAGGACCACAACUCCCAUGACAUCUUGCUGCUGUGCACUUCCUGUCACGCGGCCUCCAACGUGCACGACGGCUUCCUGAAGCAGCAGCUGGCUGAUGAGUAUGGCGCGCCCCAGGGGUGUGAGGAGGGCGUAUGUCUCCUGGAGGACUCUGACCGCAGGAGGGUUCGUUCUGCAGCCCGAGCCCUGCUCACCGUGGGGGCUGGGCUUCCAGAGGCCAGGAGAGAUGAGCUACAGAAGGUCAUAAGGUGCUUCUUCAACGACACUGACGUGGAGCUGACUCCUGAGACACUUCAGAGUGCUGCAGACCUGGAGACCAGGAUCUUCAAUGAGAGCUACGUUCCCCACGGGCUGAAGGUGGUGAAGGCGACCGCCGAGCAGGGCCUGAAGGGAUUAAUGGAGCUGGAACGCUGCUGGAGGCAACACUUCCUGUCUACCAUGACACCUCGCUACCUUCCUUCUCUCUGGUCUGUCAACCACAACCACAACAAGUUACUACGCAAGUACGGAGAGGACCUUCCCAUCCAGCUUAACUGACCUACAGUCACCAUACCACAGUCUGGUUCUCAGGCUGGAUCUGUCUGGUUCCCAGGCUACAUCUGUCUCGGUUUGUCUGGUACCAGGCUGAUCUCAUCAGCUGUUGCAGCAGCCUCUACCUGGGGAUUACACAGUAUCCCAGAGAACCGACUAAUGCCUACAGGUGAAGGGUUGGAUUCUGUGUGUUCAGUGCCUGUGAUCCUCCUCAGUCUGGCUGGACGAGGACAUCUGUUGCUCUGAUCUGAUUGUGGUGCCUUACAUGUUAAAUGCCAGACAGACUGUGCUCGUGGGCCCAGCAGGACGUAUUGGCUGCCUUACUGACAAAUUGGCACCCUGUUCUUUUAUAUAGUGCAGUACAUUUUGAGAUCUAGAGCCUGAGGAGAGAGACUGCCUUGUUGUUCUGACCGAGGUCAUAUAAUUCUGUGUCAAGAACACUAACUGGAGACGAUGGUGCAGAAUUCAUGAUGAAAUCCUAUUGAAUAAAAACCUAAAAAAAACACUGGUUUAGGAUCGUAACGAUACCAGUAUCCCAAGACUCUGAGGUAUCGUGGCAAGGAAAAGAACCUGAAACAGACUUAAUUUCCUGAGAGUAAACAGUCCUAAUGCUGUCAACCAGAAUCACAUGUUUAUUUUCCUACAACAGACAAUAUUUUACAUCCAGUAGAUUUUAAUGACGCAAUAGUUCAGUCUGCUUUGUGUUUUCCUUGUUGCCAUGGAAAUACCAGGUAUCGUACUCUCACCGUAGUGGUAUUGUGACGAUCCCUGCUAUGGUUCGGUUUCCCAGAGUUAAAACUAGUCCUAGCCAGAAAAUAGCGUAGGAGACUAGACUUCAUCUAGGCCCAGGAAACGUGCCCCAUACAGUGCAUUUUAGGAAAGUAUUCAGACCCCUUGACUUUUUCCAUAUUUUGUUAGUCUUAUUCUACAAUGGAUUAAAUUGUGUUUUUUUUUUUUUUUUCCCCCUCAUCAACAUAUGAUGUUGCCGUCGAUUUAGGAAGCACCCCACACAUCUCUAAUUGUACAACUGACUAGGUGUGUGUGUCUCCCCCCCCCCCUUUCCUUUCUCAUAAUGACUAAAGCAAAACUUGUUUUUAGACUUUGUUUUUGUUGCAAAUGGAUUGAUUUAUUUGACAUUUUUAAAUAUCACAUUUACAUAAGUAUUCAGACCCUCUACUUUGUUGAAGUACCUUUUUUGGUAGUGAUUACAGCCUCAAGUCUUCCUGGGUAUGAUGCUAUAUGAGCUUGGCACACCUGUAUUUGGGGAGUUUCUCCCAUUUCCUCUCUGCAGAUCCCCUCAAGCUCUCCUGUGUUGUCAUUGCUUAGGGUCGUUGUCCUGUUUUGAAGGGGAACCUUCACCCCAGUCUGAGGUCCUGAGCGAUAUGAAGGUUUUCAUCUCUCUGUACUUUUUGUUCUUUCCCUCGAUCCUGACUAGUCUCCCAGUCCUUGCCGCUGAAAAACCUCCCCACAGCUUGAUGCUGCCACCACUGUGUCUCGACACAAUCCUGUCUCUGAGCUCUACGGACAAUUCCUUCGACCUCAUGGCUUGGUUUUUGUUCUGAUAUGUCCUGUCAACUGUGGGAUCUUAUAUAGACGGUGUCUUUCCAAAUCAUGUCCAAUCAAGUUGUAGAAACAUCUCAAGGAUGAUCAAUGGGAAACAGGAUGCACCUGAGCUCAAUUUAGAGUCUCAUAGCAAAGUGUCUGAAUACUUGUGUAAAUAGGGUAUCUGUUUUCGUUUUAUGCAUUUCUUAACAGUUCUAAAAACCACUUUGUCAUUAUGGGAUAUUGUGUGUAGACUGAUUUAUUAAUUUAAUCAAUUUUAGAUUAAAGUUGUAACAAGUCAUGGGGUCUGAAUAUUGACCCGUUUCAGAAAAUCAUGUAUUUUAGACUAAGCUGGAACCUGCUCUUAGUUAUCAUUAAAUAUGAGUUAUAAUUUCCCCUGCGGGUUUUCAGUUCUAAAGAUAAUUACUUGGCAUUUGUACAGGAUUCAAGUUUGCUUGGCGACGGUAGCUUUAAAAAUAAUGUUUUUAACACGACAGACUUCAUUUUGUCGUUUAAUUUUUUUAUGGAUCGGACAAAGCUAUAAAUUCAGUAACUGAUCAGCCGUUAUGAAUUGAUGCCAAAUGACGACCAGACAUUGAAUGUCUGAAAUGGCUCCCUGUACGGUGCCUUCAGAGUAUUCACCACCCUGUUUACACAUUCUGUUUCAGCCUGAUUUAUUUUUGUUAAAUGUGUUACUUAUUAGUUUUAUUUGUCACUGACCUGACACACAAUGUCAAAGUGGAAUUAUUUUUUAAAGUUAUUUUUUACAAAUGAAUUGAAUUAAAAUUGAAAAGCUGAAA